CACUCCUCCAGGUCAGCUACAGCCAUGGACAUCAGGCCUCUCACAGUGUGUUUGGCUGUCUGUGCUGCACUCUUGGCAGUGUGUCAUGGUUGUUCUACAGGAAGGGAGUUCAUCACCACAUUUCUUCCUAAUUUCCAGCAUGGUUUUUGGACACGGCACACACUCCAUUUGGUUUUGACUGCUCAGGACUCUGAUGCCACUAUUACCAUAAAGGUGUCUUCACUGAAAUUCUCCAGGAGGCUGCGCCUCUCUGCAGGUCAAAGCCAGUGGGUUUCUCUGCCAUGUGGAUCCGAGCUGCAGAAGCAAUUUGUUAAUGAAAACUCAGCGGUUCAAAUCUCCUCCACUGCUGCGAUCUCUGUGGUCUCCUUCAACCGCCGCUUCGCCUCAGGAGAUGGCGCCGUGGUUUCCCCCACAGAGCAGCUAGGUACUGACUACUUCGUGUUCACACCCUCAGGAGGCUACCCGUGCAAGGACAAGCUUGUGGCUAUUGUUAAUGGCAAGAGCCAGAAUAGGAUCACCAUCUUACCUGGUGCUGAUGUGUCACUGAGAAAUGGGUGGAAGUGGAAGCGUGGGGAGGCGAUGACCAUACAGCUGGCACCAUACGCAUCUUACCUUUUACGAGGUCGCACAACUUUGACGGGCACAAGGAUCCAAUCCCAGGAGCCUGUAGCGGUGUUAGCAGGCAACCAGUGUCUGUACAUGGGUAAGCACUGUGAACACGUGUAUGAGCAGCUGCCCCCGGUCCACAGCCUGGGUAAAGAUUACAUGGUGCCAAUGACCGGCAGAAAGAAGACCACAAACCAGGCAGUGAUAGUCGCUGUUGAAGACAACACUGAGUUGACUCUGUACUCAAGAAAACAGAAGCUCGCAAAAGCUGGAGACGUCAUCCUGCAAAAACUGAUCUACAAAAGUCCACUGGUUGUCAAGAGCAACAAGAAAGUAAUGGUGCUGCUUCUCAGCGACAACCGUCCAUAUGACCCUUUCCUGAUAAAGCUGAUCCCUACAUACAAGCUGUCCACUGAUUGGGCGGUGGAGACAGUGAGAGGGCUUCGGAAUACUGUGUCCAUUCUGUCAGAGAGGGAGGGGGCAGCCAGUGUGAAGGUGUGUUGGUCAGGAAGGUGCAGAUCACCUCGGUGGAGUUGCCUCCUGACGGACAAGCACUGGGUGUGGUCCAAUGUAGAUGUGGGGCAUCAGCAGAGCCAUGUGAGCGUGGAGGGGGACGCCCUUAUGGCGGUGUACGCCUAUGGAGGGAAGUUCCUCCAUUCAUACGGCAUUGCAGGAGUUUGUUCUGAAGGUGUCACCCCUCCCACACCUCCACCGGACCCUUGUGAAAAUGUGAAAUGUCGAGUAAAGGAACGUUGUGUGAAAGGAGAAUGUGUCCACGUUUCUACAGCAACCUGCCGUGCGGUCGGUGACCCCCACUACCGCACAUUUGAUGGCCGACGCUUUGACUUCCAGGGUACCUGCACAUACAUUAUGACAACAGUUGCAAAGAAGACGUCUGACCUCAGGGAAUUCACUGUGACGACCAAGAAUGACCACCGAGGUAACCGCCGAGUUUCAUUUGUGAGGACUGUUGGAGUCACCGUUUACGAGCAAAACAUCACCAUCGGCCGACACAGGUCACAAGUGGAGGUCAAUGGAGAGUUACAGUACUUGCCUGUCAGUUUGUUGGGGGGUAAGGUCUCUGUGAAGCAGAGUGGAGCCUAUGCUACCCUCACCACUGACUUUGGCCUGAAUGUCAGAUAUGACUGGAACAUGAGGCUGUACAUCACAGUGCCCUCCUCCUACCACCAACUCCUGGGGGGCCUCUGUGGAAACUACAAUGGAGACAUGACAGAUGACCUGCCUGAAGCAAAGGACUCCAGUGUCCCUACUGUGCUGAAAAUGAUCCGGAAGUGGAAGGCCGAGGAUUCAGAUCGGUUCUGUGACGAUAACUGCGCUGGUCGCUGUCCUCAGUGUUCAGAAAAGCAACAGGCCCACUUCCGUCUGCCCAAACUCUGUGGGGUCCUGACAGAGGCCAAUGGAUCUUUUUCAGCCUGCCACAAACAGGUGGACCCCUCUAUGUACCUGGACAACUGUGUCUAUGAUGUCUGUGUCGAUAAAGGUGCAAGAUGGGUUCUCUGUGCUAACCUGAAGAGUUAUGGAGAUGCCUGUCAGUCAGAAGGAGUGAAAGUCAACCCUGAGUGGAGAAUGGUUACCAAAUGCUUCCUCUCCUGUCCAAAGGGCAGCCACUAUGAGGCGUGCGGCUCCUCCUGCCCGGCCUCCUGCUCAGAUCCACACAGUGAGAAGCAGUGUAAGGACCUCUGUGUGGAGGGCUGCCAGUGUGAUAAAGGCCUGGUGAUUAGUGGAGACAGAUGUGUUCCUCAGAAAGGAUGUGGAUGCCAACAUAAAGGCAGUUAUUACCCAUCAGGCAAAGCUUUCUGGGCUGAUAACACCUGCACCACAAAGUGUGAAUGCAUUCGAGGGAAAGCCAAGUGCAAAUCAGUCACCUGUAAGAAGAAUGAGCUCUGUGCUCUGAAGGAGGGAGUGAGGAACUGCUACCCAGCAUCCUUUGCAACAUGCAAAGGCACCGGGGACCCCCACUACCGAAGCUUUGACCAACGGCGCUUUGAUUUCCAGGGCACUUGUACCUAUGUCCUGUCUCAAAUCAUCAAGGGAUCAGACAAGGAUCUGGAGCGGUUCCAGGUGCUGGUCCAGAACGAGAACCGAGGGCGUAACAAGGCUGUGGCCUACACCAAGACCGUGUCUCUGACUGUGUUUGAUAACAUCACUGUCAGCAUGAGUCGUGGCAACGCAGGGAAAAUACUGGUCAACAGCCAGCCGGUAAACCUGCCUUACUCCAUGGAGGAUGGAAAGCUUUCCCUGUACCGGCAAGGCUACUUUGGCGUGGUGACAACAUAUUUUGGUUUGACGCUCAGGUUCAACUGGAACAGCUACGUCAGCUUGACUUUGCCCAGCACAUACUCUUCUGCUACAGGCGGCUUGUGUGGAAAUUACAAUGGUAAACCUGGUGAUGACUUCCUGAAACCGGAUGGCACCCUGGCUAACCACAUUAACGUCUUUGGACACAGCUGGAAGGCGGGGGGGGAUGCUGGCUGCACCAGUGACUGUCCUAAUGGGAAAUGUCCGGAGUGUGAGCCUGCGCUGACCCUACGAUACCAGGACAAGAAAUACUGCGGCAUCAUCGCUGACGAGCAGGGACCCUUUGGACAGUGUCACAGUAAACUGGACCACACCUCCUUCCUCAAAGAGUGUGUUUUCGAUCUGUGCAUGUACCAAGGCCACGCCUCGGCACUGUGCAACAGCCUAUCAGCUUUCAGCACCACUUGUCAAGAGGCGGGAACAACAGUGGGGAGCUGGAGAACCCAACAGUUUUGUCCUCCGUCAUGUGGUGCCAACAGUCACUAUGAGCAGUGUGGCUCCCCCUGCCCGCUCACCUGCAGUGGCCUCGCCCCCCCAGAGAGCUGCGACAGGAGCGCCCCCUGCUCAGAAGGCUGUGUGUGUGACGAUGGAUUCAUGCUGAGUGAUGACAAGUGUGUCCCUCUGUCAGAGUGUGGCUGCCAGUACGAGGGACAGUACUAUCUGAGUGGACAGGUGUUCUAUCUAGGAAAGGCAUGCAACACUCGUUGUGUGUGUACAGACGAUGGAGAAGUGCAGUGUGAUCCUAAAUCUGGCUGUUCAGCCAAUGAGAAGUGUGUUGUGAAAGGAGGCUCCUCCUCCUGUGCUCCCAAAGGGGUGGGCUCCUGCUCUGUGAGUGGAGGCAGGAUGGUCAGGUCCUUCGAUGGACAGGCAUAUCCUCUGUGGGGAGACUGUUUGUUCUUGUUGGCACAAGUGGGAGAGAACGAGGGAGGGCUGGAAGCCUUCACUGUGUUUGUACAUCAGCAAACACAUGAGGAUGGUUCUGUCUCUCGCAGUGUGGAGCUCCAGGUUUACGACAUGGAAAUCACUUUGAAGUCAGGGGUCAUCUGGGAGAUCAAGGUUGAAGACAUCAGAGUCUUCCUCCCUGUGGCCCUGGCUGACGGGAAAGUGCGAGCACAUCAAAAUGGCAUCAACAUCAUCAUUGAGAGUGACUUUGGUCUGAGGCUGACCUACGACACGUUGGCAGGGGUGAUCCUACAGCUCCCCUCCACCUAUCACAGCGCUCCAAAGGGUCUCUGUGGGAACUACAACGGGAAGCUGUCUGAUGACCCGUCCUCAGCAGACACAGAGGAAUCUCUGGUCAUAGAGAAGGACGAGGAGCCAUGUGAGACCAGCUGUGGGGCCACUUCCUGUCCUGAGCCCGAUCAGAAUAAGGUCCCAGAUGCCAAAAAGGCCUGUGACAUCAUCAAAUCUAAGAAGGGUCCCUUUUCAGGAUGCCACUCAACAGUGGCCCCGACUCCAGACUACGAUGCUUGUGUCAGGGAGAUGUCGACAGGCGGAGCGGGCCAGGCCGUCCUGUGUCGUCACAUCCAGAGCUACGUGACGGCCUGUCAGCUGGCCGGAGCAGAGAUCAGAACCUGGAGGAGUGACAGCUUCUGUGCUGUGAGCUGUGCGGCAGGAAGUCACUACGAGCUGUGCUCCUCCUCCUGCUCCUCCACCUGCUCCUCCCUGCAGAGCUCCGCCCCCUGCCCCCCCUGCCAGGAGGGCUGCCAGUGUGCCGACAGCCUGAUGUCUGACGGCGCCCGCUGUGUCCCCGUGGAGAAGUGUGGCUGCGUGGUGGACGGACAGUAUUACAGGUCAGGGACAUCAGUGUUGCUGGAGGGCUGCUCCGAGCGCUGUGCCUGUGAAGGGGGGCAGUACAGCUGCAAAUCCACCAGCUGCCAGCAGGGGCAGGAGUGUCGCAACAAGGACGGAGCGCUGGGCUGCUUCUCUACGGACCCUUGUGCUGAGGUUGAGUGCAGAGUAAAGGAGCACUGUGUGGUGUCAGAAGGCCAGGGAGUGUGUGUUCCUGAUUCUACAGCCUUGUGUUGGGCUUUCGGCGACCCGCACUACAGCACGUUUGACAAUACGCGGUACUCUUUCCAGGGAACCUGCACCUACGUUCUGGUCAACACCACAGGUCUCGACCCCUCCCUGACAUCGUUCACUGUGAUCAGCAAGAAUGAGCUGCGAGGAAACUCUGAAGGCUCCUUCGUGCGCUCAGCCACUGUGGAGAUGCUGGGCCAUCGGAUCUCCAUCCCCUCCUCUCAGAGAGGGGUCAUACUGGUGGACGGUAUCAGGAUGGGGCUUCCUGUCCGUCUGGAGGGAGGCAGCAUCUCCAUAACAGCGUCUGGAAUCAGAGGCACGCUCCAAAGUGAUUUUGGCGUGGAGGUCACGUUUGAUUGGUCCACACUCCUCAUGGUGUCCAUCAGCAGCAGUUACUUUGGUAAUGUGGCCGGGCUCUGUGGAAACUACAACGGCGACCCGGAGGACGAGAUGACGCAGGCGGGGGGGCGGCCGGCUGCCAAUUUGACGUACUGGGCCUCCACCUGGAGCCUGGAGGACUACGACCCCUUCUGCUACCACUUCUGUGAGGACGUGUGUCCGCAGUGCUCAGACCAGGACCGCGUCAAGUACACAGGCCCAGACUACUGCGGGAUAAUAAGCGACAAGAAGGGCCCCUUCGCUGGUUGUCAUGGCAGCCUGCCGGUAGCAGAGAAUGUGGCAGAUUGUCUGUACGAUGUGUGCACCAAUGAAGGGCGACAGGAAGUGCUGUGUGAGGCCCUGAGCACCUACCUGGCCGAGUGCCAGGAAGCUGGAGCAUCUGUGUUGCCAUGGAGACAACUGGCCAAAUGUUCUGUGGAGUGUCCGGCCCACAGUCACUACAAUGUGUGUGGCUCAGCGUGCCCUCCCAGCUGUGGCCCCCAGCCCGAGGUCUGCCCUAAGGUCUGUGUGGAGGGCUGCUUCUGUGACCCUGGAUAUGUGCAAAGUGGGAAAGAGUGUGUGAUCAAGGAGAAGGGCUGUGGCUGUAACCACGACGACCGCUAUUACCUGCCAGGUGAGACUUUCUGGGCCGACUCGCUGUGUAGCCAGAGGUGUGUGUGUGACGCAGGCACGCAGAAGGUGAAGUGUAAGCAGGCGGGCUGUCGGAAGGGAGAGAAAUGCAGCGUUGUAGACGGGGUCCAAGGCUGCGUCCCCGUGGGCUUCAAGACCUGCAGCACACACGGAGACCCCCACUACACCUCCUUCGAUGGACGCAGGUUCGACUUCCAGGGCAACUGUGUGUACAAGCUGGCCGGUGUGUGUGGAGAUCAGUCAGGCCUGGAGCCCUUCGAGAUAAAGCUGGAGAAUAAUAACCGUGGCAACAAAAGAGUGUCGUAUGCUAAAGUGGUGACUGUUAAAGUCCAUGGCAACACAUACAUACUGUCAGUGGACCUACCAGGCAGAGUACUGGUGGACGGUCUUCAGAGCUCCUUACCAUUCUCCAUUCCAUCCAAUAAAACCCUGGUGCAUGUUUACCCCAGAUACAGGCAGGCUGUCCUCGAGACAAGCUUCCUUAAGGUCUCCUUUGACUUUGCGAGUUCAGUGAGAGUGGAGCUGGCGACGAGUUAUCACAAUGCAGUCUGCGGUCUGUGUGGAAACAUGAACGAUGACCCUGCUGACGACCUGAAGCUACCCAAUGGGAAGCUGGCUGCCAACGGCAACAAGUUUGGAGUGAGCCAAUGGCUGGAGGACGCUCCGGGCUGCUCCCGCGACUGUAGCAACUGUGCAACGCCUCUUCCCCCCCACUUCAAACCCCCCGGCUACACAUCAGUGUGUGAUGUCAUCACGGCGAAGGAGGGGCCCCUGGCUGACUGUGGGGGCCGGGUGGACGCAGAGCAGUACCGCCAGGACUGUAUCUACGACAUGGUGCUGAACGACGGUAACCAGGAGGCCGCCUGCAACAUCAUCAGUGACUACGUGGAGAAGUGUCAGAUGAGAGGAGGCUGUGUGAGGGCAUGGAGGAACAGGCGCUUCUGCUGGAUGCAUUGUCCAGCCAACAGCAUGUACAGUGUCACAGCUUCUGGCUGUCCAAUCAGCUGCACUGUUAAAUCUCAACCUGUUGAGUGUAAGGCCCCGCCCAGCGAGGGCUGUGUGUGUAACCCUGGUUACCUGCAGAGUCAGGAUGGCUGUGUGCCGCUGGCUCAGUGCGGCUGCCUCAGUGAACAGCAGUACAUCGUGUCGGGUCAGAAGUUCUACCCUAAGCCCGACUGCAUGAAACUCUGUGAGUGUCGGGGGGGGACGGUGUCCUGUGAGGACAAACCCUGCCAGAAGGGGAAGAGCUGUGGAGUGCACGAGGGAGUGAGAGGUUGCUACGACAACCUCAAAACCCAUGGCAACAAAGGAUAGAAGAGGAACAGAGAAAUGCAGAGCUGUGUGUUUUUACAGUAAUACGUAGUGAGUAGUUUUACUGUCAUUGUAAUGAUUUUUGUAAUGACACAUUUCAACUGUCAAAAAUCAAAUCUAUAAAGAUUAUGAUGUAAAUGUGUAUUAAAUCAUCAAACAAUAAAAUCAUCAGAUUAUU